GCUGGGGAGACUACUUGCUUUUGUCCUCGCUUCAUUUGUCCCGAUCACACUCUCCGGCAUGGCGUGGACCAAAUAUCAACUGUUCCUCGCGGGACUCAUGCUGAUAACUGGCUCUAUUAACACGUUGUCGGCAAAAUGGGCAGACACGUUCAGGGCACCGGGUUGCCAUGGUACCCCUGAACAUGCAUUCUCUCACCCCUUUGUACAGGCAGUGGGUAUGUUUCUGGGAGAGUUCUGCUGCUUGGGAGUCUUCUACAUCCUACUUUGCCACGACCGACGCAGGCCCGAGCCCAGCAUGAACACGGGCCAGAGUUUCAACCCUCUUCUCUUCUUCCCCCCCGCCAUGUGUGACAUGUUGGCCACCUCAACCAUGUAUGUUGCUCUCAACAUGACCAACGCUUCUAGCUUCCAGAUGUUGCGAGGAGCCGUCAUCAUCUUCACUGGUUUACUUUCGGUGGCGUUUCUCAGGCGCCGGCUGCUAAUCAGUCAGUGGAUCGGAAUCCUCAUCACCAUCUUGGGCCUGGUGAUCGUGGGCCUAGCCGAUUUUGUCAGCAGACACUAUGACGACACCCACAAACUCAGUGAUGUCAUCACCGGCGACCUUCUGAUCAUCAUGGCUCAAGUCAUCGUUGCUGUUCAGAUGGUCCUGGAGGAAAAGUUUGUUGACAAACAUGACGUCCAUCCUUUGCGUGCAGUUGGAACUGAAGGUUUCUUCGGCUUCUUUGUUCUGUCACUGCUGCUCAUCCCCAUGUAUUUCAUCCAUGUGGGCCAAUUUAGCGACACCCCCCGACAUGUUCUAGAGGAUGCACUGGACGCCUUCUGCCAAAUCGGAUUCCGUCCUCUUAUCUUGUUGGCCCUGCUGGGCAACACCGUGAGCAUUGCUUUCUUCAACUUUGCCGGCAUCAGCGUCACCAAGGAGAUCAGCGCCACCACCCGCAUGGUGCUGGACAGCCUGCGCACGCUGGUCAUUUGGGUGGUCAGCCUGGCGCUGGGUUGGGAGCAGUUCCAUGGCCUGCAAGUGCUGGGAUUUUUGGUUCUACUGCUGGGAACGGGACUUUACAACGGACUGCAUCAUCCCCUGCUGGCCAGAAUACCGUGCUGCGCCGGACUGGUGGCCACGGAGGAGGAGGAUGAAGCGGGAGAAAGGGAGAGACUCCUAGGUGACGGCAGGGUGCAGACGCCUGACGACAACUAAAAACAAAUGCAAGUCAAGUCAAGAUACUGUAUCUUUUUAUGCAUUUUGUAUUAAGAGGCAAACUUUUAUCUGGAUUAUUUUGGUGCAUGUUUUACAAAAGCUCGACAGAAACCUUGUGGGUUACUGACUGACUGUUCCUUAAUCUUUUUAAAUGACUGUUUUUUUUAAGUCAUUGUUUGUUUAAGGGACUUUUAUUUGAUGUAAUUUUUUUAAUAAUGCUCACCGGGCAAGGAGAUGCCAAAAUGUUGCCACCUCCCUCCCCACAAAAAAAAAGAAGAAAUAGAGCUUGUUAGAAAUCAGUCAACGAUUUAAACCUGACAGAGCUCACUUCACAAACUUAAGGCACUACAGCAUGUUGUACGUUAUCACCAAUGCAUUAUUUGUGUACAAUAUUGAAUUUCUCGAACUGAAAGAGCUCGCUGAGCCCUGAAUGCUUCUUUUUGGAGUUACAUUUUGUCACUUGAUGCCUGACCUCCUACACAAAGUUGUAUAAAUCCUGCAUCCGCUCCAUUUCACUUUACUAUAAAUGCACAAAAAGGGAACUGCCAUUAAAUCACACUAUUUCAACCCUG